CAUCCAGCAGCUGAUGUAAACCGAGAGCGUGACUCACGGCGGAACAGUUGCUGUGAGGACUCGGUACGAUUUGGACGCACUUUUGCAUAGCCGAAGAAAUCGCGCGUUUGUUGCUGGUGCAGUGCAUACAUAUUUAGAACAACAGCUCUAGCAGCAGCUGUUAAGAAGGCUUCUUUGGGCUUCGCCAUCAUUACCAUCAUUAUCGCUGGAGACAUCACCGGGUGAAGUGACAAGAGGCGAAAGUGCAAAUGAAGAGUAUUCGAUAAGCGUUCAAUACGAGCUGUGUUGACGGGGUGGAAAUGAGUUUCUACUUUGCAUGCAAUCUCUUAAGAUGUUAUUUUGCCAGCAGUGAUAACACAUAAACAUGGAUACCUAAUUCGUGUUUUCUAGUUGUAUCCUACCGAUAUCAUGAUUUAAAUAUCUAUGAUUGUGAUUAGUUUGGAAGAAUAAAGAAGAAAUCAUCCUGCUUGAAAAGGAACGAAUAAUAAAAACAGUGAGAGGAAAAUCACAACAAAAUCUUACACAAUCCUUUCGUUCACCACAGAAGCUGCUUAUAUGUGACCAUUACAUCCGUGUUUACCGAGUAAACACAGCACAGUAUUUUCGGUCCUCUGCGAAUUGCAAUUUGGAAAGUUAGUGAUCUGCAGGAUGUAACGUGGCGCAAAGAUAACACAUCCAGUUUGCCUUCGUCUGCUUCCGCACACAAACGGGAAAAAGGGGUCAAUCGUGCCGGCCUGACCUGGGUCUAGCUGCUGCUGCUGCUGUGUUUCCGGCAGAAAGUAGCUUGCUUCCCCCUGCCCGGAGACGACUGUGCGUUUCACUGUGGAAACAGGCGUACCAGCAAUAACGCGAUUUAAUCCCUGUUUAGUGUACUUGUCCCUGUGUGAGUGUGAUUUUCUUUUACGAGAAACGGUUCCGGAAGCUCGCAAAUAAGCGAAACAUAGUCGUUAGCGCUCAGGGUAUUAAACGGAAGAAUCACUGGCGAGUGAAAGCAUUUAAGUGUACUUUCCGCACCGACCGAUCCCAGGCCAGGGCAAAAGGUGGUUGCACUGGGCGCUGAACGAAGUGAGUGAAGUGUAAAACGUGUUCGACAUGCCAUCAGAAGAACCUACUGUGGGGUUGUUUAUGUGAGUGGAAUUAUGGGAGGCUAGCAACCCGUAACGUUACGAGCGACGGGCAGAUUUCCGCUAAAGUGGUCGACGACGGUGCGGCGAGCUUUCACAGGAUUUAAGAUGGCAUCACACGAUAACAGUCCCAUCAAGUGCCAGCGGAGAGAUUGGAAUAAAUAAAACUCGGCGAAGUAUUAUUACUUAACUUCGAAUGCCGCCAUUUCAGCGAACCGAUCGGCAAUAUUUUCUUAGCACAGAAUGUGUAAACAGCCGUGGGAGUUUUCGUGCUGACAAGCGACCGAAUUUCGAGACAGCUUUAGGUUGCAACAUACACAAUCGUUCAAUCUGAUCCGCUUGAGGCUAGGAAGGAAUGCUGGAGAAACGAAUAACAAAGACCCGCUAUUGAGUGUUAACAAUCCGUCGGUAUAAUUGCAAACAAUGAAACGCAAAUUCCGCCGAAAGACUAGUGCUGGUACCGAAUUUGCUGACAAUGGUCGAACCUAGCAUAACGAAAUCAUGUCGGUUUUUGCGCUUCUUACCCAAACCCAAACCAUCUCCACGGCAGGGGCGGCAAUAAAAAUAUCGUAAUCAUUUGAAAGCGCCAGUGCAAUCCCAGUCGUCAUAAUUUUCCACAUGAGGCUCUCGGAACGAGGUGCUGCUCCCAGCCAAAGACUGCUGACUCCCGCAGUUUUCCCUGUUCUCACCACCACCGUCCUAGUCAUUUGUGGUCUUUUCAGAGUGCUGCUGCCAACUGAGGCACGUGUUCUAUUGUUCACGCCGAAUCGUGGCCAGUGGCAUAGUGAAUCUGAUGCUGUUGCUCCUGCAAGCACCCUAAGAAACGGUAACAGCAGCACUAGUAGCGAUAUCAGUGUUAUUGUACAAGCUACACAGAACUCGAGUACCGAAAUGCGGCCAGCACAGUCACAGUCGGGUGAGGUCCUGGUGGUGAUAGUGGUGGCAGCGCAUCAGUCCUCACCGACCAGCAUUGAGACAUAUCAAAGCGAAUUUCAAGAUUUUGUGAAACUAUUUCUCACCAGCAAGGAGGACUGUGAAGUCAGCCAAAGACGGGUUCGCUUUCGGUACUGGAAAGAUAUGGUCAGUUUCGACCGCUGGCUGUCGGACCCGUUCGUCUCGACGGUGCUCUAUACGGCUCCGCACGACGGAAAUGACAGUUUCAUAGGAUACUGUGACAGCUUAUCGAAACACUUGUCCGAGCUGUACCGGAAGACGGUGCUUUUCUGGCCUUGUCCUCGGAUGAAGCAAACGGAAAAGUUCAUUCCGUCCUUCGAGACGGUUUCGUUCGCCGUCAAAAGUAUCUCGCAACAAUUUAAUUGGACCGAAGCAAUUCUGUUCGCCACAGAUACCAACUGGGCCCUGCCGCUGGCGCUGGCCGCCAAUCUGCACAUUCCGUACCGAAUUAUUGCGGAUGCGGACGAAAUCGAGUUCGAGAAGCUGCGGGAACGAGACACAGGCAGAAGUGUGAUAAUCGUCUGCUCGUCCAUCAACUCCCCGCAAACAAUUAAUGCAAUCAAUCAACUGCGGACCCUGCGGAAGACGAAGAUUCUUCUGCUCGACACCGUCGGGACCAUCUACGAUAGCGACAACCGGCUCUACCGGGGCAUCCUGCGGGACGGGACGCUCAGUGAAACGGAACUGGGUCGUAACCUGCUGGUGCUGACAAUUCUCACCGAGCAUUUCAAGCAGGUCCUGCUACGAGUACACGGCGUUGACCUGAGCGACUAUCGGCACAUCAACGAGCGCUUGUUGAAAAUUCGACUAGAUGGCAAUGAUGCCGAAGCCGAAGCGGAUAAUGAUGAGGAUGGCGCUUUCGAAAGCACUGCUUGGAAUGGGAAUCAAAGCAGCAGCGACAGCGAUGAGUGGGUGGUAUCACAGCCAAACCACCCACCGAAUCGAGAACAGCAUCAUCACAGGGCGAAGCUUGAAUAUCUGCUAAAUUCGACCAACCUGACCUCAUCCGAUUGCGAUUUUCAUUACCUUCUAACUGACGCUAAUAGCUUGCAUGAUGAGCUGCAAAAUUUAGCCUCAGACCGGCAGCGAUGUCAAGCACUGCUUGACAGUUAUUGUGAUCUUGAAGAUGUUGAAAACACAAAUUAUCUCAAUUUAUCCAUGUGGAACAAUAGUAGUGAGCUUAUUACCAGCAGUUUAGUGGUAUCGAAUAACAGUGUAAACCUCGAGCGGAAAGUGAGAAAAGACAACCGCGACAGAGAUAUAGAGCGGUUUUGUUCGUUGUUAAAUCUUAAUCGAAACCAAUUGGUGCUACGGGACAAUCAAAACACAAACGUCGAUCAAGCAGCGGGGGCUAGUAGCUUAACAUUAUCGAGCAAACGGUUGAUUUUUAGUGAACAUUUUUACCUCUACGACUAUAUCCUAGCAAUACUGUCCGACCAAAGCGUUCAAGCGCGAACAUUUCAGUUCGACUUCAUAGUGUUUGAUUUGAAGAAUAUCUCGAACCACCGGACCGAGAUCGUGUGGCGACCGUUCCUGAUACUUCGCCAGGACCAGCUGAACCGGCAGAUGUUCAGCAUGCAUCCGGUUCAGCCCGGGUACAGCGAUUGGAUCAUCGAAACGACGAUCGAGUCGUUCUGGAUCUGUGGGCUGCUUUGCUGGAGCGUAAUCGCGAUCACCAUUUUUCUGAUCGUUUCGAUCGUUUUCGGAAGUGUGGUUUUCAGCAUCGCUGUAAGGAAUUAUCUGCUCAAGAAUCGCCUUUCCAAGGGACCGAACAAGAUCGUCCUGUCACCGUCGGAUUUUGUGUUUCCGGUCGACAUGCGAAGGGUUGACGAAGGUAUAGAGGCCAUGCUGUGCUGCUGGCUGCAGCAAAUACAGGAGUUCGGGGGGCCAGAAGUUGAAAAACCGGACCUGCUGAAGGGAUCGAUUGGCUCGCUGAAAAACCUCGGCCUGCCGGUGCCACCGAAAACCAACUCCGGUAGUGAUACCUUGGUCCGUCAUAACACUGCCAGCGCCAGUGGAGCCGCCCUGGAGUUCAAAGCCCGCUACAAUGGUGAUUUAGUGCAAUUAAAGGAAAUUCCAGCCAGCUCCAGCUCAUCCCAGGAGCUGAAGACCAAAGCAAUGGAUCUGCUGGUAAUGGCGCACGGUUUGCGGCACGAGAAUAUUAAUCCACUAAUAGGUUGGCUCAACGAACCGACCCGCACUGCUCUGGUUUACGAGCACUGUUCGCGUGGCUCACUGCAGGAUGUGCUCGUAAUGGACGAAAUCAAACUGGACUGGUCCUUUCGGCUUAGUUUACUAACGGAUUUGGUGCGAGGGAUGCGCUACCUUCACGGGUCGCCAGUUCGGGUGCACGGAUCACUGUCGUCCCGUAACUGCGUGGUGGACGCUCGAUGGGUGCUUAAAAUCACCGACUACGGAAUGCCGAGCUUCUACGAUGCGCAAGGUAUUACGCCUCCGCCCAAAAGUGCCAAAGAUUUGCUCUGGACCGCACCGGAAGCCUUACGGGGCACCAAGGGCUACUCGAAAUACGGCUCGCAGGCCGCUGAUGUGUACGCUUUCGGGAUCAUUAUGCAGGAGGUGGUAGUGCGAGGCGAACCGUACUGCAUGCUGUCACUUUCGCCCGAGGAAAUUAUAGCGAAAAUCAAAAAACCACCUCCACUGAUACGUCCGUCCGUGUCGAAAGGUGCUGCCCCACCGGAGGCCAUCAACAUAAUGCGACAGUGUUGGGCAGAGAGUCCCGAAAUGAGACCGGAUUUCGUAACGAUUUGCGAACGUUUUAAGCAAUUAAACCACGGUAGAAAAGUUAACUUUGUAGAUACGAUGUUUCAAAUGCUUGAGAAGUACUCCAACAACCUGGAGGAGCUGAUACGAGAACGAACCGAACAACUCGACAUGGAACGCAAAAAGACUGAACAACUGCUGAAUAGGAUGCUACCCAGCUCUGUGGCUGAUCGGCUAAAAUUGGGUCUCGCCGUUGAACCGGAGGAGUUUUCCGAGGUCACUAUCUAUUUCAGUGAUAUCGUCGGAUUCACAACCAUCGCAGCCCACUGCACACCGGUUCAAGUGGUGGACCUUCUGAACGACUUGUAUACCUGUUUCGAUGCCACAAUUAAUGCCUAUAAUGUGUAUAAAGUGGAAACAAUCGGCGAUGCGUACAUGGUUGUGGGUGGGCUACCGGUUCGAACGCCGGACCAUGCCGAACAAAUCGCCACGAUGGCCCUCGACUUGUUGCACCAGAGUGGCAACUUUAAGGUACGUCAUCUGCCGGGAGUUCCACUGCAACUGAGGAUAGGAUUGCACACAGGUCCAUGCUGUGCCGGUGUCGUCGGACUGACAAUGCCCCGAUACUGUCUGUUUGGCGACACAGUUAACACGGCUUCCCGCAUGGAAUCAACAGGCUCCUCGUGGCGUAUCCACAUGUCCCAGCAGACGUGCGAUUUGCUGGAGCAAGCCGGCGGCUAUGUAAUCGAGCCCCGCGGACCGAUCGAGAUCAAAGGAAAGGGCAAGAUGCACACCUACUGGCUACUGGGGAAGAAGGGCUUCGACAAACUGCUACCAACGCCACCACCGAUCGGGGAAUCGCACGGACUCGACGUCGCCAUCUUGCGUAAAUCAUUAUUUCAAUCCGAACAAAACAGCCAACAACAGGUAAACGCUGGCAGUCACAGCGGCUCCUUUGCAAACCACUCGUCCAGUCACUCGCCCUCGGUAGCAGGUGAAUCGGUAGAUGUGAAAGUGGAAAUCACCCCACCGGUAGGAGGCGACAAUCCAGCACUGGCCCCAUCGAUAUCGAUCGAUUCCAACUCCAGUGGUACCAACAACUGUACACUGAAUAUGUCCGAGCUACAGGUAAAAACUCCAAGUCCUCAGACUCGCAAAAUGUCAGAAAUGGUUUCGGAAACUGCGUUCCUCAGUGCCAACUCUAGCUUGCAGCGGCUGAAUCCGGUCUCCCCGGGGACGGCUUCUUCACGAUUGUUCAAACGCAUCGAAGAGUUAAUAGAUCUGAGUUCACCGUACAGUUACUACCGGUGUCUGAGUCCAAGUGAAAGUAAUCUUUCGCAGUGCAUCGGAGACAAUCGUUACCAUGGUUAUCAGAUUAACCGAAUGGACUGUCCAAGUAAGCCUGGCUCAACAAGGUUUCUUCGGCGGCAAUUUAGCUUAGACAAAGAAGACGUAAGCCCGUCUAUGACGACAAGCCAAAAGGCAACUCUGGACACUAUUUCCUCUAUCUCCAUCGAUCGUGAGCAAUUGGCUCGAAUGGGAACCUUGUCGUCCAUCCCGUCGAUAAGUUCGACAACAUCCGUAUCCAUUCCCUCUAAGCAGCAGCGUGGCAUCCACAAGCAGCAGUCCGCCAGUGUAGCCCAAGAUCUGGAGAAAAUCGAAGAAAUUCCUAUACCGCCUCAGUCCUCGUUUCUGGUUAAUCACAAUACGAACAGCAAUAGUACCUCCAGUCUUCAGUCGGAAGCAAACGACAAGACGAGACCACGUUCCGUGGAACGUACGACCCAAAACGGCAAGGAGCUAUGCCUCAACAUCGAUGCCCUCGGGUUACGGUGAGCGCAACUGGACCGAUGACGGUCUGAAUCCACACGACGAUGUUUCAGCAACCUUGAACGAUAAACGGUGCACUCCCGCACCGAAGUGAGCUGUCCCCGUUAUUGGUAAUGGCAGAUUCAAGGUAUUCACAACUCAAAUCAAGCGGUGCAAAUAUGUCUGAGUGCUGUUUUGGGAUGGGGUUUUCACUACGACAAGCACGAAUGAUAAACUGAUCGUAAGACUAUUAAAAGCUGUCCUAGCUAUUACAGACAAGGUAAUUUUAAUCAGUUAAUUAAGUGUAUCAUCCUGAACCAAAAAAAGCCAAAAUGAAACUUUGCGAUUCCAAAGGGAGGGAAUACUAGAAUUAUUAUAAAUGCAUAAAAAAAAUCCCGCAGAAUUAUUCCGAUAACCUCGCUCGAUCGACUGCCAAUGAUGAGAAGCCUGCUCUGAAACGAUUUACCCGUUCAAUCCAUCUCACUAAGUUUAAUCUAGACACAUCGAAUGGUGGUGAUGCUUUCAGCGUAGUAAUCAUAAUCAUACGCGGUAACGCCCGGUUGCUUUUGAAGCACAGUACGACGACGGUGGUAAAGUUAGCAAGCAAAGAGAGCAUUAUACUAUACUCCACAAGCCAUAAAUUCCAAUUAACCUGCCCAUUCGAUUUCAGCACUUCAUUCCGCUGCCGCUGAACUGUUUAUACACCUAUACGUCAAUUUUAUUUCCCGCGCUACUCAAUACAUCAACAGUGGAGUUCUGGUUUUGCAGUACAGUACAUAAUGCCGACGAAUGACGAGCGGUGCUUUAUGGUUUCACUUGCUAUGCAGGGCGGAACCGUUUGUUGAACAGACUUGAAAGUUUAACUAGAAAGAAUUGAGGGAGCAUUUUCAACUUAGAACGCAGAAAAAAUGCUUAAAUAUCUCCGAUUUGUACGAAAUUUUAAUGAUAUAUUGUUGUCCACCACACAAGAUUAUAUUUUUCAUAUAACAUCGAUUCAUCAAUACCUAGUGAAUUACAAAAAGACCUAUCCGAACAUUAUUUUUUUCUUAAACAGCUCGAAUCUCUUUGGAAAUUCCUGAAUUGUUUUUUUCUGUAUUUUCACCCAUUUUCGCCUUUUAUUUUGAAGUUAUUAGAUUAAAUCGAAUAAACCACAAAAGAGUCGUUCGUGCGUUAUUCUAAUUAUCAUGUAAAUGAUAAUUAUUGAGGUGAAAUGGGACGGAAUUCUUGUAUAGGAGAAACAAAGACACGUUGUUAGAACGCCUUAUGAAAUAUCAUAAAUUAUUCAACUCAUCUGCAAUCUGCAACUCCAGCAUCAGAGCACUUUACAUAAUCAAAUUGCCCUUUGGGUUUCAUCGUACAACCGUCUAAGCUUCACUAACUCGUCAUUUUUCACUCCAUCCUUUUUUCCUCCUGGUUUUGGUUACAGAUUAACACCGGUGAACACUGGAAUAUAUUUCACACAUUACGGCACAUACGAGUAACCUAAUCUCUCUAAUUCUGUAUAUUUUUUUUUACACAAAUCACAGUGCAAAAAAUUGACUUUUUUCUGCCUCGACCCCCUCCCCGCAAAAAGAAGAAGACACAUUGUUAUUGUAUCGUCGAGUAUCGCUUACACUCUUGAUAUUACUUUCAACAGAUUUCAAAUAAGUUAAUUUAACGUCAAGAUAAACCUAUUCAAGUAUUGUAGGAGAAUUGGGGCAAAAUUGACAUACUGCUGAAAUUUAGUGUGGAUCAGAUACCUACCAAUCGAUUCCAGAGAUUUCUUUACUCAACAUAAAAAAGAUUUUAACUAGCACUUUGAGAUAUUGGCGCAUUACAAUUAAUGCUCAAAUAUACUCGAUAUUAUUUCGCUAUGUGAAAUAUACUAAAACCAUAUACUAAAUAUAAAUAUAAUAAAACCAUAUGUGGACAAACUCUUAAGAAUUUGACAUUCGGCUUCAAAACAAAAUGGCGUCGAGAAAACAUCGCAAAUUUGCGGUUUCUCAAAAAUUCACAAUGUCCCCACUGUUGCGUCCAAAUACAUGAAAAAAUCAUACAUAGAAGCCAAGGCAAAAAAAUUGUUGCACUUUGUAAUCAUCGCGUAACUAUUUUCCACGAAAAAUUAGUUGAAACGGGAUGAAACUCGCCUCAAAAGUCUAUCGCGUCGAAAAAUUAUAUUUUUUGCGCUUUUCUAGUACUAGUUCAACUGCGUACGACAAACUAAGCGCCAGUGUUGUUAGCACUGCCAUCAGCAGCGUACGCGAGCCUACAGAGUACAGGGUGCGGCAGAACCAGAAUGAAAUGAUUUGCAGGCUUGUGCUAGAACAUACGCCCAAAUCGAAUAAUCCAACGGGUUACGUAUCGGACUCUACAGAACCAUGAAUCUUUGGACCAAAAUUGUAUGUUUUUGAUCAGUCAUCGUUGGGUCCGUUUUGACGCGUGCUGUGGCAUUCCAUCCUGUUAUAGAACAACGCAUUGAUCCUAAGCGAAGUUGGUUUUCACCCAGGGAAGCAAUUGGUUUAUUCAAAAUAACGACCACGAUUUUAAUUUUAACACCAGCAUCUAUGAAAGCAAGCAGCAUUUUCAAACCGUUGAAUACCCCCAAGCCAAACAUCAUGGAACCCGCCAGAUGUUUGAUUUGAAACUUAAAUAUCACCUUUCCCGGAAUGUCCGCAACGUUUUUCAAUGAAAAAAACCGGUCUGUGCGGUUAUAUGACACAGCAUCGAUGCCGAACAGUUUUUCGUUGAAGAACAGUAUUAUUUUUUUUCUUUCCCAACAAAAAAAGGCACUCGCAGCUUCUUUACCCGCUUCGUAAUGAAAUGGUCUUUCAUUCUAGCUCUGGAAGAUGCGUAAAGUCUUGUCUUAAUGUCUAUGAUAAUUCCUCGCAUCGAUUCUACAGAAAUGUUGGCUUUCUUAGCAAGUUUCCUAAUGGAACGUACCGGACUGCGAAACCUCCUUCGGCGUCUUCUGGGCAAACAGUAAACUCUUAAUUCUUUCUCUAGAGUUCAUUUUCUCAAAUCUGCAAUAAAACAACUCCAAUGUUCUGAAGCAGCACAGAAAUAAGCCAUUAAUUACACAAAUUAACCCAAUAUUAAAAUUUAUAAUUUGAAAUUAGAUGAUGUGAUUUUAGUUAUGAAGUGAUAUGCUCUGAGUGGUUUUAUCAGAACUAUUAUGCCACGUUUAACUAAACGAAGAAGGAUAGUGACUACUAACGAAAACACAAAAAAAAGUUAAAGAAGUUUUUAUAAGACACGACCGCAAGGUUAACGUUAAUUUACGACAGGCGUUCAUAAAUAAGUAAAUUUAUUUCUUGCAUUCAAAUCACUCCGGAAUUCUUUUUAAAUUCUCUAUAACAUUUAGAUUGUGAUAGACUAACUAAGCAGAGGCGGCCCUACAGAGAUACAUUUUAUUAACUGGGUUCGAUUUAUAGCUGGAAAUCAUCCCAGUUCCGGAAAUAUGCGGCUAUUUUGAAAUGUUUUCCAGAAAGUAGAAGUCGCCAUCUUGGAUUUCAAAUUGCAUCUGAGGUCGAUAUCUGGCCUCUAUGCAUUAUUCCGCUUACGGAAAUACCCGUAUUGGGUGGUACUUGGUCAUUUUAUGCUGUUUUCUAGAAACCGGAAGUUGCAAUCAUGGAACUUUUAAUGGCGUCCAGGGUUGAAUCUCCCAGAUGGUCUCGAGUUACGAUACUGGCCUAACGAGCCAGUCGUCGUAGGUUCGAGACGCGGCUCGGGAGAGAUUGUUACUGUCAGUAGGAUCGUAGCGCUAGCCCAGGCUGCGAAGUCUGUGUAUAAAUAAACAGAAGGUCAAGUUCCGAAUCGGAAUGUAGCACCAAGGCUUUGCUUUGCUAGGGUCGAUUCCUGCUUUCUGGACAUCAUUCUUGUUCCGGAAAUACCAAUAUAGAGUGGUAUUCGGUCAUUUUUGGCUGUUUUCCGAAUACCAGAAAUCACCAUCUUGAACUUCGAAAUGGGGCCAAUCUUCGGCCUCUGGACAUCAUCCCGGUAUCGAAAAUACCUAUUUUGGCUUGGUAUUUGGCCUUGUUUUCAGCUCAAUUUGGUCCAAAAGAAAGCUCUACAUUUUUCAGUAGUACAAUUUCUCAAUCUACAUCAAAACUCUUUUCCACUUAAUAUCAUUCAGCGCAAUUUAUGCCAUGUUGCACCAAUAUAAUCACACAUGUGUGUAAACAUGUACACCUAACGCAAACGGGGAACAUUUUAUUACUUUAGGGCAAUUUUCUAUUACUUUCCGUGUCUUAUGUAAUAAAGUAAUAAAAAUUAUGACGGCUACACGCUUGUAUGUGUUUCUGCAGGAGAACAUACAGCCAAGCACCGCAAUGCAUGUGUUAGCAAGACUUCAUUCGCUGCUUUGUAUUGAUGCAACAAUCUGGUUCAUUUUUGUCCCUUUCUUCCACACAUAAUCAGAAUCUCGACCGUCAACCUCAAAUGUCUAAUUAGAAACACUUUCGUUCCGUCCCCCAGUGUUUACUUGAAAUGGAAAUAUUUAAUACUGUCUGACCAGAGUUGCCGAAGUUGUGAAUAUUGUUCUGGAUGGGCUCAAGUUUUAUAUUUUCAAACAGGUCCAAAUGAGUUUCCAAGAACCAAUGAUUAUGUGCUGUAGAUAGCUUGCAAGAAAGCGAAUUUUUUUGUUUUUCUCUAACGCAGUUUACAGAUCGUGAUGUCAUUUUAAGGCGCAUUUCAAGUCUUUGAAAUCAUCAACGUUUGCAUACUCUAUGAUGGAGAAAAUGCUGCUUGGCAGCUCUUGUCAUAUUUUUUAGCUACUCCGUAUGCAUACAACGAGCGAAUUAAUACACGCACACCGGAUGAAUUGGAGAUAGGAGAAAAUUGUAAGGCCUCUGCCAGGCUGACGCCAACACGAGCAAUGGGGUGAGAUUUUUGCCGUAGGUUAAUAAACAGCUGCGGCUGUUUAUAUACCUACGGCAAGAAUCUCGCCCGAUCGCUCGCGUUGGCAUUCAACCUGGCAGAGGCCCAACAUGUGCAACAUAUGCGACGGUGUGUAAUUUUUUGAUUUAAGAUGGAAAGGGGUAUUUUGCGACAGAAAAAAUUUUGCAUGUGGUUGAAACGACCAUUAUUAGAUAGCCCUACUCUCGUAACACGUGCUAAAUAGGUAUAUGACAGUAUGUGUUGUUACUUGACUGGAGAAAAAUUUUAUUGCCUUUUGUUACCUAAAAGGCAAUUUUGCGCUAUUGCUUCUAAAGUACUAAGGAAAAGUUAUGCGUGUAGUAGUGUAGUUGAUUAUGGUGAAUAUGAAGGCUCCCAAGAAGUUUCAACAUUAAAGUGCGCAAUUAAAAUUGCUUAAAACAUCGCACAUUUCGUAGUUGCUCUUUCGUGACUAAUUUUGGAUCAACUAACUAUCUUCAAUGAAUUCAGUAACUUCCGUUUCGAAUAGAUCGAUAACGGCGCCGGUAACAUUCUUAAAGACAGGUUAGGGAAGAAAGGAAGGAAGUGCCACAAUCGUUUUUGUCAGCUCUGCAUCUCCAACGACUGUUGCGGGAAGUAGGGGGAACUUUUGUCACCGUGGUUAGUGACGGUUUUUUUUACUUUUACCUUUCUCUCUACGCUUAACUCUUCCGCUCUUGUCUCGUUAGUUACUCCUGCCAAAUUUCGGCAAUUAUAAUUGCCUGGAGAGUGUGUAUUCAUUCAACUGUGUGUUCGACUUUUUUUAGCAUGAAUGAAGAGUCAAAGUUGGCAAUCUGAUGGAGACUGAGAAUAAACCCAUGCGUAGAAGUCCCUCUGACUCGAGCUCAUGACUAACCGCCUCCCAAAGCGGACCUUGUAACCUUGAGGUUAAUAGCUCUUCUUUGCAUUUAAUCUGAUUGUGAUUUAGGUAAAAAUAUUUAGAUAAUAUGAAAAUAUAUCAGCAUGAGCGAUGCGUGUAGCAAUUUUUCGCACCAGACUUCUUUUUUCUACUGUAUGCUGUGUUUCUGCCGCUCGUAGAAAAAAUUAUACACUUACUGCUUACACCACAGUUGACCGGAACAAGAGUGGUAAAUCACUCUAGUGACAAUACACAGAAGUACAGUGCGGUGCACACUGCCGAGUUGAAUUCUAAAGCAUUCAAAGACGUGACGGACGGCUGGAUUUUUUUUUAGUUUCGAACAACGCAUUCCACUGUCCUACCUAGAUGUUCCCCUCAUUUCCAAAUAUUUGAACUUUUGUACUCUUUCUAUCAGCUUCCCUUCAAUAUCAACAUUUAUGUCAUCAAGGUUCAAUUUAUUUUUAUAUGGAAUCAUUUCAUAUCAUUUUGGUUUUUGAAACAUCCAAUUUUAACUUUUUGAUCUUUAACCAAUAAGUUAUUCGUGAUAAAUCUAUUUUAAAUUUUUAAUAAUGCAUUUUUGAAUGCUUUGACCCGCAAAAUAUUACCGUAUCAUCCGCAAAGAGCUUCAGUCAACAAAAUCCUAUCGCUGAUUUCACGUCAUUUAUGUAUAAAAUAAAUAACAGUGGUCCUAGCACGCUUUCUUGGAGUACACCAAUUAGAACAUUCAAUGGCGACCUACACACAUGUGUUCUGUCAAUUCAGUAAAAUUCAAGCCAUUUGAGGACUUCUUCUCCAAAACUUACUUUACUCUACUUUGUUGGCUAACGGACCGUUCACCGGUCUAGGGCCGAACGAAUUAGAGAUGUCCAGCUUCUUCUGUCUUGGGCAGCCGUUCUCCAGUCUCCUCGUACACCAGCAGAUCGUGCAUCUUCUUCCACCGCGCACAUCCACCGCGUGCGAGGCCUCUCGACCACGGAGUCGACGGCCUCUUCCUGGUUCUCUACUGAAGAGAGUUUUUGCGGCUCUCUCGUCAGGCAUUCUGGCUACAUGUCCAGCCCACUGAAGCCUACCCCGCUGUAUUACCUUCACUAUAUCAGCAUGUUUGUAUACCUGGUACAACUCGUGGUUCAUGCGUCUGCGCCACACUCCAUCUUCUAGUUUACCGUUAAGUAUCAAUCGCAGAACUUUACGCUCAAAAACUCCGAGCACUCGUCGAUCAGCUUCCUUCAGCGUCCAUGCUUCAUGUCCGUAAAGGGCCACCGGGAGUAUCAGCGUCCUAUACAGCGCUAGUUUUGUGCGAGUUUGCAAACUACGGGACCUUUGCUGGUUACGUAGUCCAGACGUUCUCCAGAACCAUAUCAUUUUUAUAUUCUCAACCCGCGUUUCAAAUCCAAGAACAGUACUGUUCACUGCUUCAAGCUGUUGCGCGUAUUCCUCCGCAGCCUGGGAGUUCCGGAGCUGCCUAAUGUUGAGCCGCGGGGCUCGGCGGUGUCGCACGUGGUAUACGGUCGACAGUUUCGAGCGCAAUGAUACCGUAACAAGGUAGUGGUCCGAGCCAAUAUCCGCACCGCGAUAGGUACGUACGUUUGUAAUGUCUGAAAAGAACCGGCCGUCGAUGAGAACAUGGUCAAUUUGAUUUGCUGUACGUUGGUCAGGUGAUCUCCAGGUGGUUUUGUGGAUGUCCUGACGGGGAAAGAAGGUACUUCGGACUGCCAUUCCUCGGGAAGCUGCGAAGUUGACGCAUCGUCACCGUUGUCGUGCGUCACGGUGUACAGGCUAUGCGGGCCGAUCACCGGCUUGUACAUUUCUUCCCUACCGAUCUGCGCGUUCAUGUCCCCGAUGACGAUCUUGAUAUCUCUACGCAGCUAUCGUAGAGUUUAUCUAGCUGUGCUGAGAGCAGUGCACAUUGAGGAUAGUGUAGUUGUAGAACCGGCCUUUUAUUCUCAACAAACACAACCUGUCGCUGAUCGCCUGCCGCUUGAUCACACGACCUUGCAUCCUGCCCAGCACUAUAAAGCCGGUACCCAGCUCAUUAGUUGUGCCGCCGCUCUGGUAGUACUGUGCUCUGCGGCCACAAAUCCUCCGUACCUUCUCUCCUUCCCGGCAAAGCUCCUGGAGCGCAACGAUGUCGAAGUGGCGGGGUUCUAACUGAUCCAGCAGAAUCCGGUCGCCACCCGGGGUGUUCAGCGAUCUACAGUUCCAUGUACCGAGCUGCCAAUCGUCAUCCUUAUUUCGUCGCCUAGGUCGUUGCCAAUUGUUGCGGUCCGUAUUCAAUUCUUGAUUGUUCAUAGUAUUUUAAUGUUUCGGCAUUCUGCCUUACUAGGGCUGCGGAUGCCUAGUCUCGCGACGGCGCUGCCGUCUUGGGUGUAGCUGCCGAGUCGCCGCAUUUCCUAAUUCAGCCGUCCGCUCCGGAUCAGACGCUGUUUGAGCCGCCCCUGACAUUGGGAACAGAUGCUCGGACAAGCUGCCCUCCUAGGAGAACAGCUCCCCCUUCCCUGUCAGCAUACGACCAAGUUCCCACCGGUUUACCGAUCUUCCCUUGGUUGCUCGUAUCCCAGUCGGUACCCCGUGGAGGUAGGGAUAGGAGUUGCUGGGCAUUAUACUUUGGACCACACUGAGGUCUAUUUUAUGUCAACUAGUACGGGUGUACUGCUGGUACGCACUGCCCAGCCGUUUACCAACCUAAACUUGAAGACCGUACAACGCUCUUAUUUCGGCAUCAUUAGAAAACUUUGUCAGGAGGCCGGUGACGGACCUUUCUCAAAUGCUCAAUAUUUUUUGUUAGUUCACAAUGAAUGAAUCUUCAUGAGAAAUAAAAAUAAGUUCUUCCACCUUUUUUCGACAGCUGAAGAAAAAAAAUCCAAAUUUUUAGUUGUCACCCGUUAGUAUCGGAAUGGAGUUCGAGACGUCGGGUUGCAGAAAAGCUUGGUGUUUCGUUUUGUUUUGAACCAAAAUUUGGAAAACGAAAAAUAAAAGUAUGGCUCUGGAAGGUGGGGGGUUGUGGCAAAGCGGUGUUCCUUUUAGGCUAGUAAUAAUAAUUUGAUAACAGUAAAACUUAUUGUUAUUGGGAUGAACUCUUAAAAGACAAGACUCAUAGUUCAACCAUAAAACAAUUUUUGCAUCCAGCUUAUGAUGCUUAUGAAAUUAGGGAGAAAUUAAAUUCAUUUCUCUUUGCUAGAGCCAGCCUCUCACGUAAGUCCCCAGUUGACAACCAUUCAUCUCCACUUAUCGUACUCGUAUUGCAGAAAGCUCAUAUAUUUUCGAGAAACUUUCAGUACAUGCAUUUAUAAAUGCAGAAACAUUAGUUCAAAUCCGCAACUUAGAUGCAAAAUAAAUGUGGCUCCGGCAAGAAUCAGACCAUGAAUCAUAGUAGAGGGACGAAGGGAGUGGUUGAUGAGACUCUGAUUUAUGACAUUUAUGACAUUUGGUGGUUGAAAUGAAAGAAUUAAUGCAAACAAAGCCAAAUGAUGAUUUACUUCAUACACGGUCACGGGUUGUCACAAAUACGUUAUUCAUCCUUUACGAGCUUCAGAGUUGCUGUAACAAGGAACAAGAUUCGCAGUAGAGUACGUGAAAAAAUGAAAUUUUCAGUCUGCAAACAAAAUUCAAUAGCUAUAUUGCGAAAGCGGUUUGAAGCGAUUUUUCUGUCCCAAUUUAUUUUCUUAUUAUUUUUUGUGAGGUAAAUUGAAAUUUAGCAUGAGGAAAAGAUUUCGUUGUUCAUUUUGCAUAUGAGACGAAUUGAUUUUUAUCAUGCGAACGAACACUUCUCAAUUGCAACCAUUUUUUUACUUAUUUUAUUCCUUGAUGCAAAUACUAGCUGGAAAUUAUUGCAUAAGUUUUUUGCCAUCAUUAAAAACUGCCGGGUCAAAUAUGGCAACAGCACCUCUAGCUUCUUUCCGGAAGCAAUGUGCUCAUGAAUGAUGACUUUUAUCUGAAAUGACAUCUCUAUCGGAGCGAAACAGUUGUGCAAGGUUCUAUAUAAACCGAAAAUGACCGAAAGGUAAAGAAACAUUUCAGAAUUGAAUUAUAAACAUUUUCUAAAAUGAAUCAUUAUUAUUAUGAAUACAUGUACAUAAUUCCCAAGCCGAGCGCGCUUAUUCAGUUUUGCUGGUGCAAAAUGAAGUUCAAUAUUGUGCCAUUAAAUAUAGAUAUAUAUUCUUUACAACUACAAUUAAAAUCAAAUCAUGCUGUCUACCAAUACUGCAAAUCGAAUUGAAUCUCUAUUGCAAACAAAUUCAAACUAAAAAAGCAAUAGACGGCUUCAUCUCCCCAACACCAAUUCGCGUGAGUAUAAGCGUUAUUCAAGUAUUUAUCAUAAAGAUUUCAAGCGAACGAUAAAAAAACACGAUGCACAAAGUACAAUUCGCCAAAAUCAGAACUCCACUGUACAAUUCCAUAUACCGACUCGAACACUUUCCGCCGAAAAGUAAACAUUUUCCACGCUGAAAACAUCCCCAUUCAUGUAGGCACUAUCUGCGAUCGGAAAGAAGAAAUGCCAACAAAGAGCGCCGCACCGGAAUGGAGCAGCCCCACCGCCGAAGUCCAGCCCUAGGGUAACCAAAUUCACUUGCCGUUCUGAAUUUUCCACACUGCACGAGAAAAAAAAUACACAAAACAUCCUCGACGGUAUGCACGGCUGGAGCACACGGGGUAGUGCAAAAUUUGUGAGUAAAUAAAUAAAUCGAUCGAAAUAAAUAUACGCAACAGUCAAUCCGGCAGUCCGGAUAGCAACCUCAGUAUCGGCAUGGCAGCUGCCAUGCUAAUUUUUCAGAUAAUAUAAUAACGUUUGUUAUUAUUAUUGAUUAAGUAGAAUAAAAACAGAUAGACAUUUACGCGUUCGGCGCAAAGUAAACUGUUCGUUUAUUCCUGGUUUACAUUUUACUUUCGGUAGUGCAAAUAGCAGUACAGAGACCCACCCACAAUAAAACAUCUUGACUGAAAUCUGUAACCCGCGAAGAACUCACAAUUACUUAAACGGAAGAUAAUGGCGGAACCGAAAACGACGAAAUUGAAAUAUAAGUUGAAGACUUUCGACAUCGAGCCGUAACGGCUUAUAAAUGAUUGAUGAGUUUGUCGCAUUUAUUUUAUAUUCCAUUCAGUGCAAAUGGAUGCUGGAUGUAGAAAACGGGUCCGUGGCUCUAUUAAUUCCAGGCAAAUAUAUCUCUUUUCGCGUCCGAAGUACGAAGCCGGUUUCCAUGAUCUUUUCCAUUUCAUUCGUUUUGUUUAUUUAUAUCUCAAUCUUGAAUAUUCAAAUAUUCGUACAUAAUCGUUAUUUAAAGUAAAUCAAACAACCAAGCUCCGUCGAAUCUGAGAAGAAAAGUCUUCAACGCAAAUUUCCUAAGAAGCUAAUGUACUGUGAAAUUCAUUAUCUGGACUGUAAGAAUGGAUCGCCAUUAACCUGAUACGAAUGUCUUUCCCAUUGUUGGUAACAAGAGUAACAAACAAAAAGCUGUUGCACUCUGCUUAGACGAUAGCUGAAUCCUUUAAUAGACCCAGAGAUAGACCUGUCGUAUAUAAGACAUGUUAAUUCGUUUUUGAAUGUGGCAACAGUGUUGUAAACCUUUUGUAUGUAUAGCUACUGUAGAAUACCGGAGCGCGUCCAGGGUGGCCCGCCCGGAACAAAAAUAUCAUCCAGAGCUGUGUAGACAUAUAUUUAUAUGAAUGUUACUUAUUUUUCAUGAUCGAACCUAUAGAUCAAACAUGCAAAUGAAUCAAAAAGCAAAUAAAUUGGCCAUAUAGUCCACUAAA